AUGGCAGUUUUGGACAAAAAGGUUCUCUGGGGCUUCCUGUUAAUGCUGACUGGUGCUGUGGGUGUUGGUGUGAACUAUCCAGCUCCUGUUUGUUCUGUGACAGGAUCGACCGUCACCCUCCCCUGCACCUUCACACCUCUGAAGUUUUUCAUUCAGAAUGGAAGAGCAGUUUCGAUUGAGAUCAUCAGAGUCGUCUGGUGCCAGAACGAUGAAUUUUGUCAGUUCCCUGCCCCGUCUGUGUUUGACAGCAGUUCACAAAACAACAACCCUCGUUACAAAUACCUGGGAGACAAGAAGGGAAACUGCACUUUACAGAUCACAGAUGUGCAGAAGAAAGACGAGGCGACUUUUCGCUUCAGAAUGGAGGCUAAUGACGACAAAGCACAUUUUACUGGACAACCAGGAGUGAGAGUCACAGUCUCUGAUGUUCAGAUGCAGAUAAAGAGCUCCAGAGGAGACGGAGAGCUGAGAAGUGGUGAAAACAUCACUCUGUACUGCACUGCACUCUGUACCUUCCACCAACUGGAGGUCACCUGGUUCAGAGAUGGCCACGCCCUCUCAGAGUCUGGCCCCGCCCUCCACAUCAUCCCUCUGACUGCAAGGGAUUCUGGGAAGUACACCUGUGGUUUGAAGGCCAGCGUCAGCAGCCUCUCCCUGCCGUACAGCCUGAAGGUGGAGGCUGAAGGUGCUGUGGGUGUUGGUGUGAACUAUCCAGCUCCUGUUUGUGCUGUGACAGGAUCGACCGUCACCCUCCCCUGCACCUUCACACCUCUGAAGUUUUUCAUUCAGAAUGGAAGAGAAGUUUUAAUCGAGAUCAUCAGAGUCAUCUGGGCCAGCGUCAGCAGCCUCUCCCUGCCGUACAGCCUGAAGGUGGAGGCUGAAGGUGCUGUGGGUGUUGGUGUGAACUAUCCAGCUCCUGUUUGUGCUGUGACAGGAUCGACCGUCACCCUCCCCUGCACCUUCACACCUCUGAAGUUUUUCAUUCAGAAUGGAAGAGAAGUUUUAAUCGAGAUCAUCAGAGUCAUCUGGUGCCGGAACCAUCAGCUUUGUCAGGGUUCUACCCCGUCUGUGUUUGACAGCAGUUCACAAAACAACAACCCUCGUUACAAAUACCUGGGAGACAAGAAGGGAAACUGCACUUUACAGAUCACAGAUGUACAGAAGGAAGAUGAGGCAAGUCUUCGCUUCAGAAUGGAGGCUGACUACAUCAGAGCACAUUUUACUGGACCUCCAGGAGUGAACGUCACAGUCUCUGAUGUUCAGAUGCAGAUAAAGAGCUCCAGAGGAGACAGAGAGCUGAGAAGAGGUGAAACCGUCACUCUGUACUGCACUGCACUCUGUACCUUCCACCAACUGGAGGUCACCUGGUACAGAGAUGGCCACGCCCUCUCAGAGUCUGGCCCCGCCCUCCAGCUCGGCCCCCUGACUGCAGGGGAUUCUGGGAACUACACCUGUGGUUUGAAGACCAGCAGCAGCAGCAGCCUCUCCCUGCCGUACAGCCUGCAGGUGGAGGAAGAAGUUGACCCUCUGCUGAUUGUUCGUCUGGUUCUCUUCACUCUGCACUCUGUGCUCAUCGUCAUAGCGGCAUCCAUCAUCAUCAGAAGGACGUGUGUGCAGGAAAGCAGCUGCAGCAGCAGAGAGCUGAAAAAUGCAACGAUGCAGCCUCCAGACUCUGACGAGCAGCUGUGACGUCCAGACGGCCGAGGCCAGACUGUCUGACACCCUCACACCAUCAUGUCGGUCCCUGUUUUACAGCAGGAAUGACUUUUUAAAUGUUCAGUGUAUUUAUGUGAAUGCAGCUAUUGUCAGAAUAUUUUACUCCACUGCUUCCAGUUUGUGGUGUAACAAAAAAAUAAAAAGGUGCAGUGUGUAAGAUUUGGCCCAAAUUUUCCUCUGAUGUCCCCACCUGAACCCGGAGUCAGUC